AUGCGUCUGCGUUCCGUGUUUGGGGAUCCCGGGCGUUUUGUCCGCGACUUGUCUGCGGACAAGCUGUCCCCCCCGUGCUGUUCCCUGCGUCUUCCUGGCUUCCCCCCUGACGCGCCUGGUUGGCAGUUUUACCACCCCACCUCGCGCCGUGUUCUGUCCUCCUCAAGACGUCACGUUGACGAGUCGGUUCCCUACUACCGUCUCUUCCCCUACCGCACUGCGUCCCUCCCCCCGCCGCCGCUCUUCCUCGCGCCAGGUAGACGCAAGUCGAAGCCUGUCGAGGUAGCUGUUGACUCUGGUGCUGCUGGGGGUGCGGGGCCUGGGGGUGCUGAGCCUGGGGGUGCUGACUCUGGGGCGCUGAGACUGGGGCCUGCUCGUGUGGCGUCUCGAGGGACUGGGCCUGGUGGUCCUUCGGGUGCUUCAUCCCGGCGAGAGUUACUCUCUCCACAGGAGCUGCGCGAGUGGUUUGCUCGGCGUUGGAGCCGUACUGCUGGAGCUGGAGGUGCUGCUGGUGCUGGAGGUUCUACUGCUGCUGAGGGUGCUGGUGCCACGGGUCCCGGAGGUGCUCGUACUGGAGGUACUGGAGCUGCUGGACCUGCGGGUACUCCUUCUGCUGGAGCUGGAGCUGGAGCUGCUGGGGGUGUUGGCGCUGGAGGUGCUGCUGGUGCUGGUGCUUCUGAGGGUGUUGGUGUUGGUGCUGCUGGAGUUGGUGCUGCUGGCGCGGCUGGAGCUGGGGGUGCUACUGGAGCUGGAGCUGCUGGCGCUGCUGGAGCUGGGGGUGCUACUGGAGCUGGUGCUGCCGUUCGUGGUGCUGGCGCUGUUCCUGCUGGUUCUGGGGGUGCUGCACGGCCGCGGCCGUACUUCGUUCCGCUCCUUGAGCAGGUUCUUGGUCUUCCGCCCUCUACUAGUCCUGCUCCUCUCUUAGAGUGUCCGCCGCCUGUCCAGUCUGAGUCACAGUUACAGCCAGCCUCCCCACUGCCUGCUCCUUCUCCCUACACUGGUCCUACUGGAGGUCUUGCUGAGCGUCGUGAGCCUGCGUCUCGUCCUGCGUCGCCUGUCCGUGCUGCUCGCACUAGUGGUCGUGGUUCGCGUCCGCGUCCUCCCCCUGUCCCCGGCACGCACCGGAUGUCUCUGCGUCCUUCCACUGCUCCGCUGCGUGCCCCUUUGCCUUCUCCUCCUGAGUCCUCUCUUCCUGCUCUUGCUGACCCAGAGUCUGACUCCCUUCGUGCUGCCAGUCCUACUGUCACGCGUCUCCUUGCUACUGUCGUCACAGACCCUUCCUUCGAGUCCACUGCUGCGUCUGCCUUAGUUGCUGAGCUUGUCGACUUUGCUGCUCGCUGUCGUCUAGACUACGCUGCUAGUCUUGUCGCUGAGUCUGAGUCUGUCUGUCCUCCGUCCGUCGGGGGUGAGUGUGCCCUUGGCACGGACGUCCUUGAGGACAGGCAGGAGGAGUUCCAGUGCUUUGCUGCUGCUUCACCUCAUCUCGCGCGUUACAUGGCUCGAGGCUUCAGUCAGCGGCAGGGAGUUGACUACUUUCAGACCUUCUCUCCCACCCCGAAGAUGACCACUCUUCGAGUGCUACUGCACAUAGCCGCUCAGCGCGACUACGAGCUUCACUCUCUUGACUUCAGCACUGCUUUCCUACAGGAUAGCCUGCACGAAGAGAUCUGGCUGCGCCGCCCACCUGGCUUCACUGGGUCUUUUCCUCCUGGCACCCAGUGGAGCCUCCGGCGCCCAGUCUACGGUCUCCGCCAGGCACCUCGUGAGUGGCACGACACACUGAGGACUACACUUGCGGCUCUUGGGUUUGCUCCUUCUACUGCUGACCCGUCGCUGUUUCUGCGCACCGACACCUCUUUGCCGCCGUUCUACAUCCUCGUGUACGUCGACGACUUGGUCUUUGCCACAGCUGACACUGCUGGACUCGCCCAGGUGAAGUCCGAGCUGCAGAAGAGACACUCGUGCACAGACCUGGGUGAACUGCGCAGCUACCUUGGCUUGCAGAUCACCCGGGACAGAGCACAGCGCACCAUUACCCUGACUCAGUCACACAUGGUGCAGCAGGUCCUUCAGCGCUUCGGCUUCACGUACUCCUCGCCACAGGCCACUCCUCUGUCUACUCGCCACUCGCUCUCAGCUCUGCCUUCGGAUGAGUCCGUAGAGCCGAGUGGCCCGUACCCAGAGCUUGUUGGCUGCCUCAUGUACCUGAUGACCUGCACACGACCUGACCUUGCAUACCCUCUCAACAUUCUGGCACGCUAUGUUGCUCCUGGGAGACACCUCCCUGAGCACAUGGCUGCAGCGAAGAGGGUGUUGCGCUACUUGUGCAGUACGUCGGGCAUGGGGCUAGUGCUUGGAGGGCGGAGUCCAGUGGUCCUCACUGGUCACGCAGACGCGUCUUGGGUUGACGACUUGGCUGCGCAGCGGUCGUCACAGGGUUACACCUUCAGCCUUGGUUCCGGUUCUGUUUCGUGGCGGUCUACCCGCUCGUCUUCUGUUCUCAACUCGAGCUGUGAGGCUGAGAUCUACGCAGGGGCCAUGGCUGCACAGGAGCUACGCUGGCUCACCUACCUGCUGACUGACCUUGGAGAGCCGCCUCGUUCUCCUCCAGUUCUGUACGUAGACAACAAGGCCAUGCUGGCCUUGUGUCGGGAGCACAGACUGGAGCACAGAACGAAGCACAUUGCUCUUCGCUACUUUCUUGCUCGUGAGCUGCAGCAGCGUGGUCAGCUGCGCCUUGCUUACGUGGCCUCUGAGGCCAACACUGCUGAUAUCUUUACCAAGGCACUUCCGCCUUGUGAUCAUCAGCGCUUCUGUACGAUGCUAGGUCUUGUGCCUACUUGGCCUCACUUGCUCACUUCUUGA